CUGAGUUUCAUGUUGAAAGAGACGCCGCGCAGCUUUUCACUUCCCAGUCUGUUUCGAUCCGCCAUUUUUUACGUAGGAAAGCGUGUGGUUUGCCGUUGUGUUUUAUCGGAUUGUUUUACGGAAAUACUGACUUGGUUUUUGGACACCUCAUUCUCACGGUUUGCUGUACUGCAGUUUUCCGAUAGGGGCCACUGCUUCAACAUCUCGCGCACUAGCGGACGCGGCAAGUGAGACGCCAUUGUUAGAUUGCGUUCUCGCGUAUAAAGUCGUGUGCCUAUUAUCAGCGUUGGUUAAAUCAUUCGUUGAAAAUAAUACGCAGUAUUCUUCGGUGAGUGUGAGAAAGCGUAUGGUGUUUGAACGUAAAUUUAUACAUGAUAAUUAGAGGGUGAUCGUUACCACAGACAUUUCCUAGAUUUGGUGCGCCAUUUCGACAAGGUUCUACAACGAGCCGAAAAUGCCGGGUUUUAGUAGCGUUGGCACAUUUAAAAUUUUUAUCGGUAAUUUAGCCGACAAAACAUCAAAUGCCGAUAUUAAACCACUAUUUGAAAAAUAUGGAAAGGUUGUAGAAUGUGAUGUGGUCAAAAAUUACGGAUUUGUGCAUAUGGAGAAUGAAGAAGCAGGGAGAAAUGCGAUACAAAAUUUGAAUGGACAUAUAGUUCAUGGACAGCCGAUCAAAUGUGAGGCUGCAAAGAGUCGUAAGGGACCUAAUACUCCUACAACCAAAAUAUUUGUUGGCAAUCUCACAGAUAAUACGAAAGCGCCUCAAGUGCGCGAGCUGUUUGCCAAGUAUGGUACCGUUGUAGAAUGCGAUAUCGUGAGAAAUUACGGAUUCGUCCAUCUAGAAGCAACAGGUGAUGUCAACGAUGCCAUCAAGGAACUCAAUGGACAAAUGGUGGAUGGUCAACCGAUGAAGGUUCAAAUUUCUACAAGCAGAGUACGACAAAGGCCAGGAAUGGGGGAUCCUGAACAGUGCUAUCGAUGCGGUCGCGGCGGCCAUUGGUCCAAGGAAUGCCCAAAAGGAGGAAUGGGAGGAGGACCGGAUAGAAAUGGAUACAGAGACCGAAUGUUUGGACGCGACCCGUAUCCUCCACCGCCGCCACCACCGUUCCUUCGGGAUCGGUUAAUGGGUGGUGGCCGCUUUGGAGAUUACGAAAGCUACUAUGACAGGAGAGGCUUCGAGGACACCAGGGAUCUCUACGAGAGGCGGUUUACGGGUAUGACAGGGCCCUGUGACAUGGGAAGUUCCAUGUGCGGGCUUGACUUUCCACCAAUGACAAUGCCACCUCUACCCCCAAGACGAGACCCAAUGCCUCCUAUGCCUCCUCUAGGUAUGGGAUCCAUGCGCGACACUGGCUUCUCCCGUGGUAACGAGUAUGGCAUGUUCAGCCGCCGAUCACCCCCUCCAAGUGGCAACAAUGGCCGGUUCAGUAGAGGCAUGUACGAGGACUUCAGCCGAGAUUCAUUUGAAGAGCGUAGAUUCAUUUUGGUUACCAGACCGGGAUUACGAGGGCCAUCGCCGUCGCGCCGGUUCGCACCAUACUAAAUCGUCGCGUCGGGCUCGGAUCGGUCUCUGUCGGUCUGUCUGUCUCUGUGUGUCGGGUCUGUGUCUGUCGCUAGCAGGAAGCCUCGGGACCGAGAUACUCUUGGCCGUCUAUGUCUGUCGAUCUGCACGCGCGAAGAUCUACCAUUCGCCCGCUCUAUCCGGAAAACAUGUAUUCUCCCCGUAAUGCGCUAUUUAGACGAGAAUCCCCGCCCAUCCUCCUAAAAAUAAAAAAAGAAGACAGAAAGCAAAAAAUAUGAUACGGACGAUUUAAACAAGCAAAAAACACAAUGAUAAAGUAUUUUAUUGAAUUUACAGGUUUUUUUUUCUAUGCCGUCGCCUUUACACCUCCUUUCAUUAUUAUUUUUCUUUUUCUCUGCCACUUCUCCUCCAAUUUUCCUUUAAAAAAGAAAAAAAAGGAAAAGAAAAAAAAAAUCAAAUCCCUUGCACACAUUUUAUAUACAUGCAUACGUGCGCGCGCGCGCGCGAGUGUGUGCGUGCGUGUAUAUGUGUAAGCGCACACGCAUCUCGUCGUGACGUUCGCCCGCUUUCCUUCCGUAAAUCUCCCUCAUCGGACCCAUAUGAAGUUUUUUCACGCGCGUCUCGAUUUAGUAAUGUCGAGAAUUUUCUCUUUUAAUGUAAGAAAAAUAUAUAUUUGUCGUAGCAUCCUCCUACCGAGAUAAUUUUUCAACGCGACUCAAUUCGUUUUCCUGAAUUAUAUUCAGUUCUUUAUCAAAAUGCGAGUAUUACUAAUAUUAUCGCAAAUGCUUAAAAACAAAUUCCGUAUCUUCAUGGUCGUGAAAACUGGUGUAAUAUGUCGAAGAACGCUGCUGGUAGGACGAUGCUAUUAACCCUAUACAUACAUAGAUGCAUACGUGUGUAUAUGUAUAAACAUGUAUACGUAUGUAUACAUACACACAUGUAUAUAUAUAUAUAUGUAUGUAUGUAUGUCGUGUCGUGUUCGAUGCCGUUUCUGUGACGAUGACGCGCACGUAACGUGUAUUCUUGUUUCUCGAUCGUACGAAACUUCCACGCGUUUCUAAAGCAAAAAGGACUUAAUCGCGGCCGCUAAUGUGGUAAACGGAGAAAAGCAAGAGUUUUUUCAGUAAUACAUCGAGUAUCGAGAUUUGAUAACAAGAAUAUCGAUCGAUUUGAAGUUUAAUCAUAGUACAGAGAGCGCAUUAAACAGAAUUGAAAAGUAUGAAAUUAACAGUCGCAAAUAUAACAUAGAAUAUACAUCGGGUCCCUUUUUGUAACGUAAUUUAGAUGGGCGUUUUUCGACAACGUGUCGUAAUCACAAAAUCGGAGCAUCGUUCAAACGUUUGUUCGUCAAUAUCUAAUUGUUCACUUCACCCCAUUUCUUUUUCUGUCUUUUCUUAUGUUUAUAUAUGUAUAUAUAUUUUUAUAUACUUAUAUAUAUAAGAAAUGGAGAGAAAAGUGGUCCUGCGUUUAAUUGGCAUCAUGCGAGAUAUUCUUUUAUCGUCGCGCCUCGGAUAAAAUCUCAGUUUGUUCAAGCAAAAACCGAGUUUCGUGAUGCGUGUAAAAAAUGUGUUGUAAAUGACAGAGAACGGUUGUUCAAUAUUAUGCGAUGAUAAUUUUUGCCGUCUAGCGUAUGAAGUAACACCCGAAGAUGGCGACGAUGUGCGUGCGUGUGUUUUACCGAUAUCGUCUAAAUAUUCUUCCGCCGUAUAAUCAUAAUGCUUUUCGAUACGAGAUAAUAGGGAUACUGUCGUAUUUAUGUGUAACUUUACUUUCAACGAGAGAAGUGCGUGCGGGUUCGACUGUUCGAAUCGGUUCCCGAUUACCAAACAAUAAAAGUCUUAAAAGAUACAAUUUCAGAGACCCAGUAGACUCAAGAUGCGCCGAUUCUGUAUGGGAAUCUAAAUCUCGGUCGUGCGAAUAUUAUAUCGUUAAUCUGUAGUAACGUAAUAUCGUUUUAUUAACAUAUUAGAAUUAAUUAUCGUGAAUAAUUACCGAAGAUUAAUACGGCAAUUGCAGCUGUGCUCCGUUUAGCUUAUAAAUGCAUACUUACAUACACACUAACAACACGCGUACAUACGCGCGGGUGCGUCCAUGAUACACCCCUUCAUACAUACAUACACACACAACACACACACACAGAUAUACCGAUGACCACCGUUUUUUCGUUUUGAACAGCGUAUACACAUUAAUGACGUGUGUAAUAUUUCUCUCCCCCUGUUUUUCCUCUGUUCCUUUUUUCUUUGAUGAUACGACCUGUUUUCAAAGGUAAUUAGAUUAAUGAUAAUCAUACUAAUAAUGGUUUAAAGAAAGGAAUGUAAUAACAAUGUACUUGUGAAGAUUCACAAAAAAGGCGUUUCGUGUUCUUUAA